AAGAAGAAGCCAAAGAAUCGCCGCGGCUUUGGCUUGCGCAUUAGCACAUUGAAGAUAAACCACACUGGAAGUGGCGGAAGCUCCAGAGGGUUUAACGUAGUGUUUUUUGUGUUUUAUUUUGGCGUUUAUCUUCAGUUAUACAUCUAUACUGGUCUAGAAUCUGAUAUGGCCCGUGGGCACCAGAAGUUCCAGUCCCAGCAGAAGAAUGCCAAAAAACAGGCAGAGAUCAAGAAGAGCAAAGGCCACGAUCAGAAGGCAGCAGCUAAGGCUGCUUUAGUAUACACAUGUACUGUGUGUCGGACACAAAUGCCAGACCCGAAGACCUUUAAGCAGCACUUUGAAAGCAAGCAUCCAAAGUCUUCAAUGCCCCCGGAGUUGGUUGGUGUGGAGGCAUAACACAUUCACAUUCACUUCCAUUUCAUUAAGACAAUUUGGGGCUGAUUCAGGACAGGCUUCUACAUUUACAGUGUUUUUGAUAAAAUAUCUUCAGUUAUUCCUCCUGCUGCUUAAUUCCACAAAUGAUGCAUGGGGUGUUUAGUGCAGGGAUGGUAGUUACCUGCCUGCCGAUCAUCAUUUUUCCAGAUUUGCAGCUAUCCUCACUUGCCAGAAUUUGAUCUGGGGCCACUACUGAAGGUAGACGCACAA